UUGCAUAUGUUUUAUUAAAGUUUUGUAUGGAUGCCGCGUUGUAGAGCGAGUGAGUAGUGCGAUUUGCCAAACCACAACGCGUCUCAGAUCUGUUCUCUGCUUAAUGUAAUCAUUUCCGCUCCAUUUUUCUUAUUACACUUAGAUCUCACAACAGACAGACAGACACAACUAUUUAUGAAUGUGAUCUAAAUUCUAAGGUUCUUGUUUCCAUCUUCAUCAAUCAUCUUUCAUUCUUCAUCUUUCUGAAUUAACAAGAACAAGAAGAAGUAAUGUCACGAAGGCAACCCAGUUCCACGAGACGUCCUGGUGGUGGUGGAACCUUUCCACUUUCAGGACUCUUGAAUUCCAAAUCUAAAUCUUCUCCUCUGUUAUCAGUAACCCUUCUCCUUUUGGGAGCUGUCUUUCUCAUCAUUUAUGCUUUUGGUGGAUCAGGUCUAUUUGGAGGAAGAAAGGAUGGGGUUAGCAGGGUUGAAGGUGAUUUUUCAUGCACAUCUGAAGUGCAAAGUGCAAUUCCUGUUUUGAAGAAGGCUUAUGGUGGCAACAUGAAAAAUGUUUUGCAUGUAGGCCCUGAGAGUUGCUCAGUGGUCUCCAAAUUAAUAAAAGAAGGGGAAACUGAAGCAUGGGGUGUGGAUCCAUAUGAAAUAGAAGACGCUGAUAGGAACUGCAAGGCUCUAAUGCAUAAAGGCAUUGUACGCGUUGCAGAUAUAAAAUUCCCUCUACCAUACAGGGAAAAGUCUUUUUCUCACGUUAUAGUAUCGGAUGCUUUGGAUUACCUGUCUCCAAAAUAUUUGAACAAAACUCUUCCUGAACUAGUAAGAGUAUCUGCUGAUGGUGUUGUUAUUUUCACAGGUUACCCUGGUCAACGGAGAGCUAAAGUAGCUCAAUUAUCCAAAUUCGGCCGCCCGGCUAAAAUGCGGAGUUCAUCAUCGUGGAAACAAAUUUUCGCUGAAGCAAGCUUAGAAGAAAACGAAGCUUCUGUCAAGAAGUUUGAGGAAGCUGCAUCAAAGAUGUCCUACGCACCAAGCUGCCAAAUUUUCCACCUCAGUUCAUAGUAUACCAUUAAUAAUUUAUUAUUCACCGUUUGGUAUUUUUUUGUAUUCCUAUAGACAUGAGUAUAAUUUCAUCUAUCAGGCAAUUCUGUUUUACCAGUACAUGCACAAGCAUUAAGAUGCAUGCUUGCUAAAGCAAUAGGCAAAAUUAAAAGUAACUUAUUUUUGGAUGGCUGAAAGGUUUGUCCCAUCAAACAUUCAAGCUAUAGUAUUUGAGGCAAAAAAUGACACUUUCGAUAUGAUCAUGUAUAUGCUAGUUUUAUCAGUUUGAAAAUUUAAUGAAUAUUCCUAUUAUUCUA